UGCCGCUCUUCGAGGCGUCCACAACGUCAAAAAAUAACGCUGCGCGCUAAGCUACGUAUAAGGUUUAAGAUUUAUAAGGCUGACGACGCGUCGGGAAUAUAGUGCCAGGAGCACAUGGAAAACGCGUGUCUAAUAUAAUUUCAAAAUCAAAUCGUGAUAAUAAACUACUUGUAAAACAAUUUCAAGAUUCCUCGUGCAAAAGAAACAAUUUGCAAAAGUCGAAUAAUUUGAGAAGAAUUUAAAUAUUUGCGAGGCGUAGCCAUAAAUUAUGCGCUUUUAAGUACACAUUAAAUUUCACAUCAACGACGCAAAGGACACUCGACAAGCAUUAACUGCGCAUCGAAUUGGCAAAUAAAUUAAAUAAACACAAACGCAAACGCAGCUGCAGCUGCAGCCAAAGCCAUUUGAACAAGGUCAAUAGAGGGCGCCACACGCCAAAUUUCAGAAUUGCCAGCGGCGUAUUUCGUUAGAAACAAGCAUGCCUUCUCUGUCCUACGCACAUUACGCCCUGGCUGCGCUGCUGGCACUGCUCGCCCUGGCCACGCCCCGGCCGGGCAGCGCCUACUCCUACAGCAUGCGCAUGCCGAGCGGCACAGAUGCUGCCGGCAACGGCACGCCUCCACGUUCGAUAAGCAAGCUCUUGGUGCAGUCACCGGCGCUGGACAACGUUUACAUGGACUAUCUGGUCACCUCAAAGCCGCUCAAUCUGCACAAAUACAACAAAAACGGCAGCAAAACAAAGAAAACCAAGAAGGACUCGAAAAUCUAUUUCAUACCCAUACCACCGCUACCAUAUCGCUAUAUACCCGGUGUCGGCUACGACUAUCAGCCCAUGAAAAUCAAGCCCAUUCUGCAGGAGUCACCAAGCCCAACCACAUCUUCACCCAAGCUGACCGCAGAUAAGAAUCGCAUCUCGAUGCCAACCACAGCGACUCCUUUGACUCCGACGACCGCGCAGAGCAAGCUGCUGCGCGUGCAGCACCACAAGGACUACUACUUCAAUGGACGCCCCUUCCGAUUGCAGGUGGCGCGUGCCGAUCGCAAGUCAGCGCUGACGCCUCUUAAUCUUAAAUCGAAAUUCUAUUACAAUAAAAACAUAAUUUAUUAAUUAAAUGAA